AGGACUGACUGCUGCUAGCUUUGAAGCUUUUCGUUUUGUUGCUAAUGCUCUUUUAAUCCUCGUCAUCGUUUUGCAUUGUUGUGGGUUGGGGGAGAAGAGGAUGAUGGUUUCUAUACCGUCUGUGUCACUCGUCCCCCCCUUCCACCAUUUUCCUUUUACUACUACACUACUAUUACUACUUGCUGUCCUCACGGGUUUUUCUUUUAUCUACUACUACUACUACGGUUGGGGUUGGUUUGUGCCUGGUUUUGGUCUGGUCUGGUCUGGUCUGGUCGGCUUGGUUUGGCUUUUUGUUGUUGCUGUUGCUUGCACUGGUUUAGCUUGCUUGCUUGCUGGGUGCUUGGGUUUGCGCGCGUUUGGUGUUACAGUUGAGAAAGAAAGGUUGUUUUUGCGCAAAGUAUGUGUCCCUGGCAGAGAGAGAGUCAAACAAGAAGUUUUUACUACUACUCGGAAAUACCCCCCCCCCCCCCCCCCCCCCGGUUUUUUACUCAUUUUAUUUUUUGUUCUAUGUCUUUUUAACUACACUAUCAAAACCGGGUCACCUCGUUCGCUUUAUUAUCAUACGAUACUCAUAUCUACUCUACCUAACUCUACCUACCUUAACCUCUUUAACUACUACUCUACUGCUACUACUGCUACUAUUACAAACGUUGGUUCGGUAUUUUACCAUUUUUUAUAAACUUGUUAUUGUCGUGUGUCGUGUGCGUCGUGCUAGUGUUGGUACUGGAUACAGAAAGAGUUUUUAAUGGGAUCAUGUCACAUUCGGUCUAGAGCUCUUUACUAGAAGAGAUAUAGAGACCUUGUUUUUAUUUAGAGGAGGAACCAAAAGGAUGAGAGCAGUUCGCACUUGCUGGGGUAUACACGAAUGGACACACAACAGACAGACAGUCAGACACAAGACAGAAGACACAACAGGCGCGCGCCAAGGGGGAAAGGAAAGGGAGGAAAAGCAAGCGAGCGAGCGAGCAAUUAUUGACGUUUGGCGUUUUCUGGUGACGGGAAAGGAAGGGACGU